AGUUGGGAUUAACCUUCCGACAGUUGAAGUUAGGUUCAAGAAGUUAACUGUCGAGGCAGAUUGUUUCAUAGGCGACAGAUCUCUUCCAACACUGCUAAAUGCAACUCGUAAUAUUGCUGAGACAGCAUUGAGUUGUUUUGGGAUCAGAUUGGCAGACAAAACAAAACUCACUAUACUAAAAGAUGCUUCUGGGAUUAUAAAACCAUCAAGAAUGACUCUCCUAUUGGGGCCACCAUCUUCUGGGAAGACAACCCUUCUGUUGGCUCUGGCUGCAAAAUUAGACCCUUCCUUAAAGACUGUUGGAGAAAUCACUUACAAUGGACAUAAGCUAAGGGAAUUUGUCCCACAGAAGACAUCCGCAUACAUUAGCCAAAAUGAUGUUCAUGUUGGAGAAAUUACUGUCAAAGAAACUCUAGAUUUCUCUGCAAGGUGCCAAGGGAUCGGUUCUCGAUAUGGUAAUUUUUGCAAGUAGCUUUCCCAUUCUUUACAUACCUUUUUUUGAAAUAUUAUGGACCCAUUUUGCAGGGUUUCCUUUGUUGUAAAUGAGCUUCCUAAAGUAGUUACUUAAAAUCUCUUUUAACCCGAUAAAAUACAUUCGCAAUUUUAUUGUACAUUUUUAAAAUCAAAUUCUUAGUCUCAUAAGCAAUUUUUGGCUUUUCAAAAGCCCUACCAAACGGUCCUGUGUCUGUAAAUUAUUUCCAUCCUAGUUUGAUGCUCAUUUAUGUUGAGAGUUAUU